AUGACAAACAUCCCGCCCGGCCCUGAGCAGGUCGCCUUCUUCGCCACGGGCGGUCUAGCUGGGCUCUCAGUCCUCCCAAUUGAGCUCUAUUCGACCCUCGCCGCGCAAACUCGACCAGCAUCUCUCCUCCCAUUUUUGCGCAGCCAUGCUCUGAUCCAGGUACCUCGCGCCGGAUUCCGCUUCUGGACCUUCGACAUCGCCAGGAACCAACUCAAUGCAAUCCAGCCGUCGCGCCGCUCGCAACUGCGUACGACUCUCACGGGAGGCCUCUCCGGCUUCUGCGGUGGCCUCGCCGAGGUAACGUACCAGUCGUUAGCCUUCCAGCGGCGGCUACCGGCGCUCUCCGCGUUGGCGAAUCAAUCGUGCAAGCUGUUCUUCUGCUUUGGGACAUACACAGGCUUGUCGACGAGGUUGAGCGAAGAGCUACCGCCGCGACCAUUCUGGCGUUUUUGGCUUAUGGGGUCGGUGGCCGGAGGCGUGGGGAGCGGUAUCGUUGGGGCAGUCGAAGGAGCAAGAGGACGAACACUGCUGCGAGCAACGGGAAAGGGUGCUUUGAGCAUUGGGACGGUGAUCGCGGUGCAAGUCACCAGCUGUGCUCAGGUUUUGAGGCCACGAAGUCUUGACAGCUAG